ACAAAAAGUGGGUAAGGGGUUGCUUGGUGAAAUGGAAAGCCAAAGGAUGAAAGCUUCUUCAACUGAGUUUUCUGCCAUUGCAAGAGAGGGAGAUGAAUUUGCUUCUUGUACUGAAAUAAUAUUGCUUUCUUGACUGAACCGCCAUUUCUUUUUCCCGGCGAGAUUUUUCAUUCGGUCAUUCUCCGAUGACUUGCGUUGCCUGAAAACACAACUUGACGGUGCCAUCUCUCCUGCGAUAGAUUUUUCGACUAUGAGUUCAUUCAAAGGCUCUCCGUUUGGAAGACGGAGUGAUGUGGAGUCCGGUAGUAGCAAUUCCGGUGAGCCGGAGGAGGAGGAAUCAUCCAAUCCUUUCGCUAUUCCAAGAACUAAGCAUGCUUCUGUUGACAGACUCCGCCGCUGGAGACAAGCUGCGCUCGUGUUAAAUGCUUCUCGUCGAUUUCGGUAUACUUUAGACUUGAAAAAGGAAGAAGAAAAGAAAGAAGCUUUGAAAAAGAUUAGAGCACAUGCACAAGCCAUACGAGCUGCAUAUCGCUUUAAAGAGGCUGGGGAUCGUCUGAGAGGUUCUUUAGGUUCAGGGCCUUCGAGAGCAGAAGCUCCAAAUGGUGAUUUUUCUGUUGGGCAAGAGCAACUGGCUGCGUUGGUAAAGGAUCGUAAUGUUGAUAGUCUGGAGGAGCAAUAUGGAGGGGUUAAAGGGGUGGCAGAUAUGUUAGAAACGAAUUUAGAGAAGGGGAUAAUUGGAGAUGACUCUGAUUUACUGAAACGAAGAAACACAUAUGGUUCAAACACAUAUCCUCAGAAACCAGGAAGGAGUUUUUGGAGGUUUCUCUGGGAAGCUUGGCAAGAUCUUACAUUGAUCAUAUUGAUGAUAGCGGCUGUUGCUUCAUUGGUGCUAGGCAUAAAGACUGAGGGUAUCAAGGAAGGCUGGUAUGAUGGUGGAAGCAUUGCUUUUGCAGUUCUUCUUGUCAUUGUUGUAACAGCUAUAAGUGACUACCGACAAUCUCUUCAAUUUCAGAAUUUGAAUAAGGAAAAGAGGAACAUACAAGUGGAGGUUGUUCGAGGUGGUCGUCGAAUUGAGGUCUCAAUUUAUGACAUUGUGGUUGGAGAUGUUAUACCACUCAAUAUUGGUGAUCAGGUCCCUGCUGACGGCAUCUUAAUUUCUGGACACUCACUUGCAAUUGAUGAAUCAAGCAUGACUGGAGAGAGCAAGAUCGUUCAAAAGCAGCAUGCUAAGGACCCUUUCCUGAUGUCUGGAUGCAAAGUGGCUGAUGGUCAUGGCACUAUGCUGGUUACAAGUGUUGGAGUUAAUACUGAAUGGGGUUUGCUUAUGGCAAGUAUUUCUGAAGACAAUGGCGAGGAAACUCCUUUGCAGGUGCGUUUAAAUGGUGUGGCAACUUUAAUUGGUAUUGUUGGACUCUCAAUAGCUUUCGCUGUCUUGAUUGUGCUCCUCGCAAGAUAUUUCACUGGUCACACCAAAAAUCCAGAUGGAAGCCGUCAGUUUAUUGCAGGGCAGACAAAAGUUGGUCGUGCCGUUGAUGGGGCCAUCAAAAUUGUCACUAUUGCGGUGACCAUCGUUGUGGUUGCUGUGCCUGAAGGGCUUCCACUAGCUGUAACAUUAACCCUUGCUUACUCAAUGAGAAAGAUGAUGGCAGACAAGGCACUGGUGCGGAGGCUAUCAGCAUGUGAGACGAUGGGGUCUGCUACAACUAUUUGUAGUGAUAAGACUGGAACCUUAACUAUAAAUCAGAUGACCAUUGUUGAGGCUUAUGUUGGUGGGAAGAAGACUGAUCCACCAGAGAAGAAGUCAGAGUCAUCUUCCAUGUUAUACUCCUUACUUGUUGAAGGCAUUGCUCUGAACUCAAACGGCAGUGUAUAUGUGCCUGAGAGUGGUGGAGAGGCAGAGGUUACAGGUUCGCCUACAGAAAAGGCUAUUCUUAACUGGGGUAUCAAGCUGGGAAUGAACUUUGAAGCAAUAAGAAAGGAAUGUGCAAUUCUUCACGUUUUCCCCUUCAGCUCAGACAAAAAACGUGGUGGUGUUGCAGGUCAACGGGAUAAUCAAGUUUAUAUACAUUGGAAAGGUGCUGCUGAGAUUGUCUUAGCAUCGUGCACGCAGUACAUGGAUGAGCAUGAUCAUUCUGUCCUACUAGAUGAAGAUAAGAUGACAUAUUUCAAGAGAGCUAUUGAGGAUAUGGCUUCGCGUAGUUUACGUUGUGUUGCACUUGCAUAUAGAUCUUGUGAACCUGAGAAUGUUCCUGACGGUGAAGAACAAUUGAGUAAGUGGGCUCUACCAGAAGACGACCUUGUUUUGUUGGCUAUAGUUGGUUUGAAGGACCCCUGUCGGCCAGGAGUAAGAGAUGCUGUACGACUUUGUCAAAAAGCUGGUGUUAAGGUACGAAUGGUCACUGGUGAUAAUGUCCAAACUGCUAGAGCUAUUGCACUGGAAUGUGGAAUACUUGGUUCAGAUUCAGAUGCUACUGAACCAAAUCUUAUUGAAGGAAAAGCAUUCCGUGCCCUGACUGAUGCCCAAAGAGAGGAAAUUGCUGAGAAAAUAUCAGUGAUGGGUCGGUCCUCUCCCAAUGAUAAGCUUCUCCUUGUGCAAGCCUUGAGAAAGAGAGGACAUGUAGUUGCUGUUACUGGAGAUGGUACAAAUGAUGCUCCUGCAUUACAUGAGGCAGAUAUUGGCCUUGCAAUGGGUAUCCAGGGGACAGAAGUUGCUAAAGAAAGCUCAGAUAUUAUUAUUUUAGAUGACAACUUUGCUUCAGUUGUGAAGGUUGUGAGGUGGGGCCGAUCAGUAUAUGCAAAUAUUCAGAAAUUCAUCCAGUUUCAGCUCACUGUCAAUGUUGCGGCACUCAUUAUCAAUGUCGUGGCGGCAAUAUCCUCCGGUGAUGUCCCACUAAAUGCUGUGCAGCUUUUGUGGGUUAAUCUUAUUAUGGACACUCUCGGCGCAUUAGCAUUGGCUACUGAACCACCAACCGAUCACCUCAUGGACAGGACGCCUGUUGGUAGAAGUGAACCUCUUAUAACAAAUAUCAUGUGGAGAAACCUGCUGAUACAGGCAUUUUAUCAAGUUACUGUGUUGCUUGUCCUCAACUUUCGUGGUCGAAGUUUGCUUCAUUUGAACCACUCUCAUGUAGAAGCUAUCAAAGUGAAGAAUACGUUGAUUUUCAAUGCAUUUGUGCUUUGUCAAGUUUUUAAUGAAUUUAACGCUCGAAAGCCAGAUGAGAAGAAUAUAUUCAAAGGAGUCAAUAAAAAUUACCUCUUUAUUGGGAUCAUUGGAAUUACUCUUGUGCUCCAGGUUAUAAUAAUCGAGUUUCUGGGGAAAUUCACAUCCACAGUCAGACUUAAUUGGAAGUAUUGGAUUAUUUCCAUAAUCAUUGGUGUUAUCAGUUGGCCCCUAGCUCUCCUUGGGAAAUUUAUACCUGUUCCUGAAACUCCCUUCCAUGUGCUUAUUAUCAGAAUCUUCCGUAAACGACGAGCUGGGAGAUCGUAAUUGCUCUACUUCCACCAAUCAUUUCACUGGACCUACAGCAACAUUUUUUUUUUCUUUUGAGUUUGUAGGAUAACAGUUUUUAUAGGACUCGAGCAACACUCGCCACGACACGAUGGAUCAGUGUGGAGAUUGGUUUUGUGUGCUUCUAAAGGGAAAUCUUUCCGAAGGAUCGUAUAGAAGUCGGAUUCAGAUAAGUCGUAUACUUGACUAACUCGUGACUAACCCAAUACGAGAAUGGUGGUAAGAGAUUGUGUCCCUGUUAAAUAUAACUAUGUUUGUAUUCUAUAAGUUACAGUUUGUUUCAGUGUCAUGUUCAUAACUUUGUGAUUUGGGGUUGCUUUUGGUUUGAAGAUUAUGUUAAUGUGAAAACACACGGAACAAUACUAGAACUAUAUAAAAGCGUCUUAAAUUUGAUUCAUUUCUA